CACAAUUUUCGUCACUUCAUCGCGACUCCUUGGCUUGGACACACGUGUGGAUUUGGUCUCUCGGAAAUUUAAUUUUUCUCGAAAGUUUGUCUUCCUUUAAAAGAUGUCGACCUACAAGUUGACCUAUUUCGACAUGAGGGGACGUGCCGAAUGCAGCCGGCUGCUGUUCACCUACGCCGGGGUGGGUUUUGAGGACGUCCGUCUCACGGGGGACCAAUGGGGAGCUUUGAAGCCGUCAACGCCCUGGGGCCAGGUCCCAAUCUUGGAAGUUGAUGGGGAAGUCUUAGCGCAGAGCAACACGAUUGCUCGCUUUCUGGGGCGCAAGUUCCAGCUCUGCGGGGAAAGUGAUUGGGAGGCGGCCAAAUGCGAUGAGUACGUCGACGCUACCAACGAUCUCUUUGAGCAGUGGGCGAAAUUUGUCUUUUUCGAACAAGAUCCGGUCAAGAAGGCCGCUCUUCGGGAGACAUUUGUCACCACCCUUGCGCCUAAAUGCUUGGAAGUUUUGGAAGCUAUCAAGCAGAAGAAUGGGGGAGACUUCCUCGUGGGCAAGGUUCUGACCUGGGCUGACAUCAACAUUGCCGACAAACUCCAAAUUCUCGAGGACACUGUCAAGGCCGACAUCUUGAGGGAUUAUCCAGGCCUCGCAAAGUUCAAGGCUGUCGUCUUUGCCGUUCCGAAGCUGAAGGAAUACAUCGAGAAGACAGCGUACUCCUACAAGGCCAUGAUGCCUGAGGCGGAGCGUCACAUCGAUUACUCCGAAUAAUUUGGUUUCAUUUCAUUCUUCAACUUUCUCGAAAUUAUUUUCAUACUUACAAAAUACUUGUUAAUUUUUUUUCAUUACUCAAGUAUUCAAAUAAAAAACUUUGUUUCUUCCUUAAUAAUCAAAACA